AUGGCUACGAAUGCCAAGUUAGCCAAGACUUUGGCGAGAUUUGAAGCUCGAAUCCAAGCUAAAGAUUACUAUGAGGCUCAUCAGACACUUCGAACUAUCGCAAACCGAUACAUACGGAGUAAGAACUAUGAACAAGCAAUUGAUUUAAUUAGUCAAGGUGCUCAGUCAUUUUUGAAUGCUAAACAGGGUGGAUCUGCUACAGAUUUGAUUUUCUAUUUGCUGGAAGUGUAUGAGCAGGCGGAAAUUGAAAGUAACGAAAUUUCCGUGGCUCGUUUGGUACAAUUAUUGGCCGGAUUAGAUCCAGAAGAGCCAAAUUUGAAGGACGUUGUCACAGGGAUGAACAAUUGGUCCGUGAAACAUGGUGAUUUCAAAUAUGGAGAUCCAUAUUUGCAUUCUGUGAUCGGUGCGAAAUUGAUGGACGCAGGUUUGGUUUAUGAGGCUGAACGAUACCUUGUCCUAGGUACACAGGAUUCUGUCGAAAAAUACGUGGAUUUGAUAUGGAACUGGUUUGAACAAGCCAGUGAUGUUGGUGCCGCGGGAGACUUUGUUUCCCGUCCAAUUUUCAAUUAUCUUUUCAUUGGCAAUUUUGAAUGGUGUUACGUUGCUAAGACCAGGUUUUUGAACUUGUUUAUCGAGAAAUACAAUCCUCAACACGAAGUAAUCGACAAAAAUGGGUUUCAAAUGAUCUACUUUGCUGACAGUGCUGAACUUAACUUUCUUCAACAGUUGGUGCUCGUUUGUCAGACCCAAAAUGCAGAACUUUUCAAUAGUUUGAAAACCCAUUACGCCGGUUCCAUACAGAAAUAUUCUGCGCAACUAGACUAUUUGGGCCAAGAAUAUUUUGGUAUCAAGGUCCAAAAACCGGUCAAUUUCAUGCAAGAUAUCCUUUCGGGACUGUUAGGAGGUCCCAAAUAA